CUCUUCCACCACCGUGUCGCACGCUGAAAGAUGUGUUGCUCAUAUUAAUAUCGCUGACUCCCCGCUUGAUCUAGAAUGACCAAUUUGCCGCCUUCUACACCACUGGAUACGGCCACCGCCCCGUCUCCGCGCCUCGUCUAGCUGCCAGGCCCUCCCUCUCCGUCCCUCUCCUUCUCCACCCUCAUCCCUCUCUCCUUUCCACCGCCGCAGCCCACGAUGCACUUCGCUUUUCCGCCACGGAAAUCCUCCAAUCCGCCGCCGUACGCGAUGCGGUCAGUGCGGUCGGUGCCGUUCUUGCGGAAGAGCAAGGGGCAGUCAAUAGCGCUACUGUGCAUCGGGGUCGUCGCCGCGAUCUGGCUGCUGUCGAAUCUGUUUGGCGGGUCCGGGUCGUCGAAGGUUAGGGUGCCGUCGGGGAUGCCGCCGGUGGUGGUGGUGACAGCGUUUGAUCCGAAAGAGAAGGAUAGGUGGACUCAGCAUAUACGCAGGAAUCGGGAGGAGUACGCGAAGAAGCACGGCUACGCGACCUUCCUCCCCAACGCCACCGCCUAUCCCCUCGAAGGCGCUCCCAUCUCCUGGGCCAAAGUCCCCGCCCUCCGCCACGCCAUGACUCUCUUCCCUUAUAGCACUUAUUUCUUCUACCUCGACCCCCACAGCCUGAUCGCCAACCCCUCCCUCUCCAUCGAGGCGCAUAUCAUGAAUCCCCGCCGCCUCGAGUCACUCAUGAUCACCAGCAUCCCCGUCGUCCCGCCGGACUCGGUCAUCAAGACCUUCGGCCACCUAAAGGGCGACCGCAUCGAUCUGGUGAUGACGCAGGAUCACGAGGGACUGGGGCGUGAUAGCUUCGUGGUGCGGCGGGGGGAGUGGGCGCAUUAUUUGCUGGACGCGUGGUUCGAUCCGCUCUAUCGGACGUAUAAUUUUCAAAAGUCCGACGUCCACGCGCUGGAGCAUAUCGUGC